GAGCAGCGGCAACAGAAGAAGGAAGCGCAGCGACGAAAGAAAGCACGAGAGCUUCACGACGACGACGACGAAGCCUUCCGAAGGAGGCCAUCGGAGGCGAGAGAGCGACGACGAGAGCGCAAGGCUCUCUCUCGUGCUCUCUCUCUCUGUCCCUUUUUGGUGUCUGAUGGUUAAUUUGAUUGCGUUUGAGGAUUUCGGGCCAUCGUGGUGGAGGUGGAGGGGCAGGGCGAGUGGCAGCAGCCUUCGGUGUCUGGGGCGACGGUGACGGACGGGCAAGGGAAGGGGAAGAAAGUGGAGCGAGGCGGGCGGGAUUGAAGCCGAGCCAUGGCGAUGGCAAAAGCGGCCUUGAUGCCCGCGGUUUGUAUGCCCGGUUCGUCUUCAUCGUCGUGCUCGUCGUGGGGUGUCGUCGUUGUGUUGAAUUCUUGGGUCAGCUUUAGUGGCCGCAAUUCUCUUGCAUCAACGAAGAGCAGCAGGUUGCAGGCUUCCAGACAACAUCACGCCGCUUCUGUUGAGCCAUUUCAUGCCUCGUUGUCCAGUGGAGGCGACGAGUUCUCGUCUACAAGCUCUGCUCUGAGUUCAAGGAGCUUCGAAUGCUCAGUGUUAAAGGAAGGUCAUAGAGCGAAUAGAUGGAAACGGAGGUCCCUUCUGGUUCGAGCGGAGGUUUCCGAAGAGACGCAAAAGUUUAGACCAAGGAGUAUUCGGGAAGAAAAAGAAGAUAUUCCAAUUUCGACUGAGUUUAUUGCAAAGCCUGGGACAUAUGUACCGAUUCCUGACAUUCGCGGAGGAGUCGUAGCCCUUGGAAAGUUUGACGCACUUCACAUAGGACAUCGAGCUCUUGCGGAGCAAGCCGCGCGAAUGGGCUCUCCCGUACUGCUAUCUUUCGCUGGCAUGGGUGAGGUUCUUGGUUGGCAGCCACGAUUGCCCGUCGCUGCAGUGUGCGAUAGAAGACGUAUUAUGUCCAUAUGGGCAAAAAGAUGUGGAGGAGUUAUCCCAAAGGAGCACGCGCUGGAUUUUACCAAAGUUCGAUCUUUGAGUCCCGAGGAGUUUGUAAAGAAGCUAGCAACAGAAUUACAUGUUAGCGGAGUUGUCGCUGGCGCCAAUUACCGGUUUGGUUACAAAGCAGCCGGCGAUGCUUCGGAUUUGGUGCACUUGUGUAAUGACUACGGUCUCCAGGCAUUUAUAGUAGACCCCGUUAUGGACACUUUUGACGCCGAUGUCCAGAAAGAUGAUAUGUCAGGCACAAGUAGGGAGAAAGGACAAGUUUCUUCUACAAGAGUCCGUAGAGCUCUAGCAAAGGGAGAUUUAGAACGAGUUGCAAGCUUACUGGGGCGCAAGCAUCGGCUAGUGCUGAGUCUGGAGAAUUGCAGACAGGAACGAGAUGUUCUCACCAUUCCUCUGAAGAACGCCUUGAAUCAGGCUCCUCGAGAAGGUUGCUACGAUUGCACAUUAGUCAGAACCGGCGAUCCAACAGAGACUUUAAGCGCAAGCGGCCAACUGGAUAUUGGCGAUGAAUUGAUAGGCAUAGGACACGUGAAAAUCGGAACCGACGACAUCCAAAUACGUCUUCUAGAUAAUGUGGAACAGGUGUUGCAACGGACGCGCCUGGGACUGGAAUUCCCUUAAGGGUGAUGAUUGCUACGUUGUUGGAGGGAUGUGUAACGCUACAUCUCACUGUACCAGUAAAUUAUAGAACUUAGCUUACAUUCAUUAGCAAAUUGCCAAAGCUCUCAUGUGCAAGCCUCAGACAGGCUCUGGAAGGGCUGCUUCUGUUCAAGUUGCAAGUCUGGCUAGAUCACGAGCGUGUGAACUGUGCUCAUUAGUAUGUGCUCGUCAUAGCCUGACGGCUAGAGACCUGGCUGAGCGUGUAAACUUCUACAAUCAUAUUGCGACACUAGACAAGGCUGUGCUUUGAACUCACGACGAUUUGAAGGUGUUAGUAGUUAAGAUCCACGGCCAGUCCACGUGUAUCGAUCGACAUUGUCACAACAUACGAACUACGAAACGG